AAAUGAGUGCUUCUAAUGUUUAUCAUGUUGACUAAAACGUAAUAUUUGUGCUGAAAGAUAGUUCAUCAAAUGAUAAAUAGAAACAAUAAAGUAUUCAAUUUACCAAUUAUAGUCCGCAAAAUCAACAAGGAAAAGUUAAAAAUAAUCUUGCAAAUUAGCGGAUGCAAAGCAGCUCAUUCAUAUUCUCUUUGUGAGAAAAUCUUUGAAAUGAUAUUCAGUAAAUUGUUGGGUACAAAAACACUCAAUACUUUUAGAAAAUUUUGAUAAACAAAAGAACCAUCAACCAUUAAAUGGAUAAUCUAAUAAACAAGUAAACUCAGCCACAAUAACUGAAAAACACUUCAAAGAAUUAGUAUUCAACUCUGUAUUUGAGAAAAAAUAUAUUCGAGAAAAAGAAGACCUUUAUAAAGAAGAUUUUUAAAUUGCAUGGAGUUUGACAGAAAAAAAGUAGCCACUCAUCAUCCUAUUUGGUGGUACAUCAGGUACUGGCAAAAGCACAGCCAGCAGUAUCUUAGCGUCAAGAUUUGGGAUUUCCACAGUCCUGAGGUAUUACUUUACUAAAUGUAAGCACUGAUUCCAUAAGACAUAUAAUGAGAAAUUUCUUGUCGAAAGAAGAAAACCCUGUAUUGUUUGCAAGUACUUAUGAGGCUGGUAAGACAUUGCCUGAUCUGAAUAUCAGCGAUCAAAGGAGGAUAAUAAAAGGAUAUAAGGCUUAAUGUGAAUUAGUUUAAUAGAGAUUAGAACAUGUAAUUAAUACUUUUGAUGAGAAAAUGGAUUCUAUCAUCAUUGAAGGAGUACAUCUGACACCUAUUUUUAUGAUGAAGAUUAUGAAAAAGUACAAGAGAGUGUUACCAUUUGCAAUUUGCAUUAAAAAGGAAUCAAAGCAUAAGGAGAGAUUUGCAGUGAGAUCAAAAUACAUGACUUUAGAUUCUAGACAUAACAAAUAUGUUGAGAACUUUCAAAAUAUUAGAUUGAUUCAAAAAUGGUUUUUAGAUAAGGCUGAUGAAUUCCUUAUUCCAAAAGUAGACAAUGUCAACAUCGAUAAAAGUAUAGACACCAUACAUAGAACUAUUAUCCAAUACAUGAAACAUCUAUCAGAUGAUCAAUCUGUUACUGAACUUAAAAAUGCUUUGCCCAUCUAUGAAGAAUUCAAUAAGGUGAUAAGUGAUGCAUGGAGUUCAAAGGAAGUAAAGGAUUAUAUACAUAGUUAAGUGAAUAAAACUGAGAUUUAUGAGCAAUUCUUACAAAAGAUGAAUGAACAAUAGGCAGACACAAAUACAACCAUCACCUAAGAAACAGACAAAGUCAAUCCAAAAGUCUUGAUUUAAUAAUCAGUUCAGAAAUUCAAUGAAAUCAGUUUCAAAAAUGAAAAUAGGGAUAAUCAAAACAAUCUAACCAAUACAACUGAAGUUAAUUAUAUAGUAGAUGAUCAGGAUGAGAAAAAGGAGAAUCUCAAUCAUAUAAGUGAUCAGGAGGAUCAAAAUGAAGAGAGAAGGAGAAGAAAUCAGGAUAAUAAUGCCAAUCCAACAUUGAAGAAAACUAAGUCAUUGAAAACAUUGAUCACUUAAAAUGAGAGUGAGUAACAAAUUCAAGAACCUAUCAAAGAGGAGAAUAGCAAAAAGUAAUUGAAAGUGGCAUUUUAAGAACCUGAAUUUGAGAAGGAGGAGUAAGAGUAGACAGAAUAAAGACCUCAUAGAACUGAUUAUAAAGGCAUUUUGUAUCAUCUCACUAAGCAUAAGAGGAUCUUCUUAAGCAAAAAGACUAAACCUUCAAAUCUUGUAUUUAUAAAGAAGAUGAUUUCUAAUUAUAAUAAAAGUUAUCAAAGUCAUGACAGAAUCAAACUAAUUCAAAAUAAUGACGGUAGUUACUGCUUAUUCAAAAUGAAUGUAUAAAAGUUCAUUAAGAAAUCAGAUUCAAGGGAAGAGUCUUCAAGUGAACCUGAUGACAAGUAUUAAAUCAUUUAUAUUCUAGUGAAUAAUCAGUUGUUUAAUAAGGGAGAUCGCUUAUGACUUUAUCUAAUUUUCCAUUCAGUGAAAGAAGAGAUCAAUCAGAUGGGGAUUCUGUAAGAUUCAGAAAUGAUGUGAAUAGUGAUGAGGAGGAAAUUGAAAAUGAAAACGAAAAUGAAAAUUCUGUCGAAGGUAAUUUAAGAUGAUCUAUAGAAUAUUAGCAUCUAGUUCUGAUGAAGAGGAGGGUAAUCUGGAGAAAGUUAAAUUGAAAAUGAAUGACGAUGAGGAAGAUUAUAUUGAACUCCAAAAGAUUAUUGAGGAAGAUGAGCAAAUCAAUGAGCAAGAUGAAAUCAUGGAAACUCCAUUAUAAGUUUAAUUACUUGAUUAAUAAGAGUAUUAAGAUCAAUCCCCUUGA